CCUACUAUUUAUAGUAGGACUCAAAAAUGAACUUGAGGAAGAAUCUAAAAACAUCCUGCUUUAACUGUACCAUGCAAUGGAUGAUGAUCUAGAAUUGACUGGUACUCUUGUUUCUCGGCAAGGGGGCUAUGAUUACGAGUUUGUGGAUCCAUUGGAUCCUAAGUACGAGUGCGGAAUUUGUCUGCUGGCACUAAGACUUCCACACCAAACUGUUUGUGGACACAGAUUUUGCAGAGACUGUAUUGCAACUUGUUUGAGUACACGAGGUGUGUGUCCCUUAGACAACCGUGAGUUGGGAGUUGGUGAUGUCUUCCCAGAUGCUUGCAUUGAGCGUGAGGUGCUGGAGCUGCUAGUACGUUGUCCAGGUCACAGUCAUGGAUGCCAGAGAGUUAUUUCUCUGCGCAACCUACAGCCACACAUUCAAGCCUGCAAUUACCAGGUAGUGCUGUGCCCUAACCAGUGCGCCAGCACAGUGCUGUGUGGGGAGCUGCAGCAACAUCUGCAGGAGACUUGUGCUCUAAGGCCCACUCAGUGCUCCCUCUGCAAAGCAGUCUAUACGCUUGACAAAGAACAGGUGCACCGGUCCGUGUGCGGCGAUGUGAGUGUGCGGUGUGACGCAUGCGGCGAAGAAGUGCGCCGUGCAGACCUUGCCGCUCAUCUCACCUCGAGCUGCCCUCACACGACCGUGCCUUGCACCUAUGCUGAGUUUGCUUGUCAAUACAAAUGUAAAAGAAUGUUACUGGAACAACACCUCAAAACGGAUGUACAGCUUCAUCUCCAGUUGGUGUCAUCAGCUUAUAAGAAGAUGAGCACGUUUGUGAGUGAACUGAGUCGCACUGUCGGCGUCAUCCAGUCUCCAAGCUUCAGUCGCCAGCCGAGCCUGAGGAGCCAAGUUUCAACCUCCUCGCCUAUCCAGGAAGAGCCAGAGCACGGCUUGGAGAAGACUUAUGGUGACGCUGCUGCCUAUGACAACAAUAAGAAGUAUGUUAAAAUGGAGCAAGUGGAAGAGGCCCAGUCAGACUGUGAGUGGCCGCCAGUUGAGGGAGCUCAAGCCCUUCCAGACGAGGUUAAGAUCAAGAGUAAGCUAGACAAUAAGAAGAGGGAAGCUAUAUCGGCAGAGGCUCAGAGACAUCAACUCCAUCUGAGUAACCUGAACUCCGGUCUUGGUUCAUCCAGUAAAGUUUCAUCCAAUGAAAAAAUCUUGCGUGCAAUCAGUGACAAGGUUGUGGAUUUAGACCAAAGAAUGCUAGAGGAGACGAUACGUCUUGAUAACCUGGCAAAGCAGAUGGACGGUUUAGAGGAGUUGUGGAAUAGAAAGUAUUUGGCUCUCAGUGGCCGGUUUUGUGGCGGUGACUUCACGUGGCGUGUUCAUAACUUCUCUGGUCUUUGCGCAGAACUUGAGAAUAAGAAUCUCUCAUCUUACAGUCCACCCUUCUAUACGUCGCAGUUUGGGUACAAAUGCUGUAUUAGGCUUGGCAUCAAAUGUAUCAACGGCCAACAGCACUUAUCUUUAUGCAUUCUCUUCAUGAAAGGCGAGUAUGACGACAUACUGGAAUGGCCUUUCCGCGGCCGCAUCACCCUUGGCUUAUUGGACUGCUCUGCAAACAACAAAAAGAGGCAUUUCUUUGAGUGCCUUGAUAGCAGUCCUCAUCUGCAAGCAUUCCAACGGCCGACUGGCGUCAGGAACGAUAAAAGCUUCGGCUUUACCGAGUUUUGUUCGUUUGAAGAUCUGUACAACAGGAAGCCCCAUGGCGCGUGUUACGUUGUGAACAACACCUUGACCGUUCGCGUGAUGGUGGUGCCUUGCCCGGGCGCUGCGGUAGCCAUCUCACCAAAACACGAAUCUGGCGGAAUCAACGACUGAAUUGUAGCGGUACACUUGGUGCUUUUGAGCAGCGAGAAUGCUUUAAUGCGAGAAUUAUAUAUUUAGCACUUAGAAUGAUCCGCGGGAAAUCUUUUCAUGAUUGUAAAAAAUAACUGAAAUACUUCGUUAACAAAAAUGCGAUAUAAAAAAACUAAAAUUUAACUGAAGAACUAACUUUCGAGUUAAAAAUCACUCGAGAAAAUCCUUCAUAAUUUGUUAAGCGUCUUGGAUUGUGAAAUUUCCUACUUAGUCGAUCUCGCAACCAUUUUUACUUAUAGUGACUUGGUGUCUCAAUUCUUACUUGUACAUUUUCUUCAGUUUCCCUCCUUCCUGAAAACGUUUACAAGAGUCUAGCUUCUCAUGAUUAUUUAACAAUGAAUGCUCCUUUAAAUGUUGAUCAUUUUAAUUCUCUCGAGUAAUGCAAUCUUUAGAAGGCGCGAGUGAGCGGAAAUAAUUAUUUUGAAGAAAUUGUUUAUCGUGUUGGUGAGAUUAUUGUAUUUGUUGAAAACUGUUCUCAAAAGCCAGGAUAUUAAUGUGCCCAUUUUGGAAAAUAAUAACUCGAAUUUGAUCUUCCUCAGCGAACUAUCAAACAUAAUACUAAAAAAUUUCCAUGUUUUAGAAGAUAUUUCGGAAGGAGGGUAAAAAUUUGUGUACGAGAAUACGUCCUACUUCGCCAUUAAGCAACGCAAAGCCCGCUACCCUGAGCGAGUUUCGCACGUAAUGAAUCUAAACGUAAUGUUAGGUAAGUAAACUUUGACUAAUAUAUCUCGCACCUCACCCUCACCCCUUUUUUCAUAUAUACUAUAUAUACCUAUAUAUUAGUCAUUUGACUGACGAAAAUUAUUGACCUGUUCCUGUUUCUAAAUUUUAAGAAUAAGUAAUGACAAUAUUGUUCGUUAUGUUUUUUUUAUGAAAAACUCAGUUUUUGUACUCACUAGACAUAUAUAUAUAUAAUAUUGCUGUUACAGGCAAGUAAAAUAGUAGAGGUACAGGCAACAUGGCCGACCUAUGCUGGUCUGUAAUGAUGUGUUUGCAAUACGUGUACAGCGCAAGGUUAGUUUUAAUUUACGUAUCGUACUCGAGAUAUUUCUCAGUAUUAGAUCAUCACUACGAUUGUGCCUUCAACAUUCCAUCCAGCAUUCCGAAAAGACUAAUGCUUUCAUAUUUAUAAUACUAUAUGGUCUUGUUUUACAACGCACUCGAUAUAAUAUAUUUUGA